AUGUCCAACUUUGAACCCAAUGCCGUCAUCCGGGGUUUCCAGCUCGUGGUGGUUGGAACUGUUCGAGCUUUGACGAAUCCGGAACUUUUCAAAUAUGAUCACUUCCGCCAAGCUGCCCUUGCUGUGGCUGUUGGAGUGGCCAUCCAGGCCAUCGUUCAAAUCCCAAUCCUCACCGUCAAAUUUUCCGUCUACAUGGUCUCUUUUCUAGUUGACCUUAACCAAGCAACGUGGGACAACAGUCUCUUAAACGCUCUAGAAUUCAUUUCAAAGUCUGUUCUUCAAGUGCCUUUCCUGUUGAUGACUCUGAUGGGAUACCUGACCCCAACUCUUGAUGAAAUCUUCAUGCAAUCGAUCUAUUGGGUAGAUCGCACAUACAUGCAAAAGCACAAGUCCGAGAACCCCGAUACUCUGCGCGCUAUGUACUACCCUAAUCUGGUUAUGUACCCAACCAAGGGUGGCUCUGGUAGUUCGGCACCGAAAGCGGAGGCUCUAUUGGCGUUUUUCAACCGCUACGCCAAGAGGGUGGGUAUUCUCGUCGGUGUAUAUAUUAUCUCCUGCCUACCUUACAUCGGUCGAUAUGUUCUGCCGGCAGCAAGUUAUUAUACCUUCAGCAAGCAUGUCGGGUCCAUGCCCGCCACCGUCAUUUUCUGCGUCGGCCUAGUUCUACCCAAGGCAUAUCUUGUCCGAUUCAUGCAUACCUACUUCGCAUCCCGCAGUCUGAUGCGAGAACUACUUCAACCCUACUUUCGCCGCGUCAAAUUCACUCCCGAACAAAAGCAACGUUGGUUCAGAGACCGCGAGGGCGUGCUUUUUGGCUUUGCGUUCGGCUUCACCAUGAUCCUAAAGACUCCGUUCAUUGGCGUCCUCAUGUAUGGUGUUGCUGAGGCAUCUACUGCGUAUCUUGUCACCAAGAUUACCGACCCUCCCCCACCACCUGCUAGCAGCGAGGGGUACGUGGAGAGUCAGGUUACCUGGGCGAACAAGCAUGACUUCCUGCAAUUGUCUCUUGACAAGAUUGAUAAUGUCAAUGUCGUCAGUGGCGAGAAGGACGCUGCCGAGCCCAGCCCCGCCGGCAAAAAGUUCUCAUAA